UAGUCCCUCUCCAAAUCUGCUGGUACCACCACUAACAGAAGAAAAGACUGGUCAGAGAAUUCGUCGUCAUGAUUAGAGUUUCUCUCCUCCUUGUCAUCUUCUUAUCAUUUGCAAUUGUAUCUUUCUCACUUUACGAAGAUUAAGUCGAUCGGCCUCAUGGAUUGGUAACUCUCAUCCAAUUUUCUCGUAAACCUACUACUGGUCUUCCAACUAUCGUUUUCACCGAUCAGAUUACACCAAUCUGUAGUGUAUUAACUGUCACUUAAGUAUUUUACAACUCAUUAGCAUAGACAGUUAUGUAAUACUUCGAUUACCAUUGAGAUGCGAUCUGUUGUACUGUGUAUGCACCAACGGUUCAUUGGGAAAGUGAAGCACGCAGUAUUCCACACUCAGAAGACUGGGAGAAAGCGUGUUAUCGUCUCUACCGAGGAGAAUGUUGUUGCUUCCCUUGAUCUCAGACUUGGCGACAUUUUUUGGCGGCAUGUUCUCGGGACAAAGGAUGCUAUCGAUGGUGUUGAUAUUGCCUUGGAAAAAUAUGUUAUCACGCUUUCAUCACAAGGAAGUAUGUUAAGAGCCUGGAACCUUCCUGAUGGCCAAAUGGUGUGGGAAACAUCGCUUCACAGGGCGCAGCAUUCCAAGUCACUGUUAUUUCUGGUCCCGGUUAGUUGUAUAAGCCUAGCUAUUUAAUAGGAGGACAACUGCUGAUAUGUUAUAAGAAAACAAUUACUUUGAUCUAUACGAUUACGUUGAUAAAGCUGACACUGUAAAAAGACAAU